AAAAAGGAAAAAAGGACCAAAAAAAAAAAAAAAGGUAAAAAGGACCAAAGCCAGACCCGUACAGUGUUAGAGAGAGAAAAAAGGGGUUGGAGAGAGAGAGAGAAAGCAGAAGCUCCAUACUGCUAAAGCAUCUCAAAAAUCAAAUCUCUUCUUCGCUUAGACUACUGUACUAGCUUCACUCGAUCGAGCUCCGCCGAUCCUUCUAGAACAUUCUGUAACUGUAACGUUUUGUUGUUAGUUCCUUGUAAAGUGUACAGAAUCCUCUCUCCUCCUCUCCCCAAAACAAGAAAACCCCGUUUUGAUGGAGUUUUACGGUCGAAACCAAGCAAGGAAUGGGUCCCAAUCGGGUCAGCAACCCCAAUGGAACCCUGCGGCCGGCGAGACCGGGCUAGAAGAAUCGAUGUGGCGAUUGGGACUGGCUAGCAGCGAAUCGUAUCCGGAGCGGUCCGGCGUGCCUGACUGUGUGUACUAUAUGCGAACUGGAUGUUGUGGGUAUGGUGCCAGGUGCCGUUAUAACCACCCUCGUAAUCGCGCUGCGGUUGAGGCGGCUGUAAGAGCUACCGGGGAGUACCCAGAACGAGCGGGGGAACCCCUUUGUCAGUUUUAUUUGAAGACUGGAACCUGUAAAUUUGGUGCUUCUUGCAAGUUCCACCAUCCGAAACAUGGAGGUGGAUCCUUGAGCCAUGUUCCACUAAAUAUACAUGGAUACCCAUUACGACCGGGUGAGAAAGAAUGCUCCUACUAUUUGAAAACGGGGCAGUGCAAAUUUGGCAUAACUUGUAAAUUCCAUCAUCCUCCACCAGCUGGCACAUCUAUGCCAGAAUCUGCACCCCAGUUUUAUCAGCCGGUGCAGUCACCUUCAAUUCCUAUACCUGAACCAUAUGGGGGUGCAUCCACCAGCUUGAGGGUGAGGCCUCAGCUGUUACCUGGUUCAUAUGUGCAAGGGGCUUAUGGUCCUGUGUUGUUUUCCCCUGGAGUGGUUCCAAUUCCGGGUUGGAGUCAUUACUCGGCACCUGUAAGCCCUGUUAUGUCUCCUGGUGCACAGCCAGCAGUUGGAGGAACUUCUUUAUAUGUAUCUUCUUCAACACCUGCACUUGUCGGAACCUACCCGUCACCCUCUUCUGUUGCUGGCCUAUCAAGCGGUACUCAAAAGGAGCUAACUUUUCCAGAGAGACCUGGCGAACCUGAAUGCCAGUACUACCUGAGGACUGGAGACUGUAAAUUUGGAUCAUCUUGUAGAUAUCAUCACCCUCGGGAUCGGAUUGUGCCAAGAACAAAUUGUGUCCUCAGCCCACUCGGUCUUCCUUUACGUCCAGGAGUGCAACAUUGCACCUUCUAUAUGCGAAAUGGGCACUGCAAAUUUGGUUCCACGUGCAAAUUUGAUCAUCCAAUGAUGAGAUAUAGUCCAUCAGCAUCCUCUCUUAUUGAUAUGCCAGUUGCUCCAUAUGUUGGGUCUUUGCUGGCUACCCUGGCCCCUUCAUCCCCUUCCUCUGAAUUGCGACCUGAACUGAUUGGAGCAACAAAAAAGGAUAGUUACUUGAGCAGAAUUCCUUCGUCUGGAAACACAUCAAGCAGUUCAGUUGGGUUGAUUUUCUCCCAGACUGGGUCUGUUCCACUUUCUGAUUUGCAACUAUCAGGUCAGAGUUCUGUUCCUUUAACCAGUGGCAGAAGCACAAGACAAGGUGGUGAGGUCCGUCGUUCUAGUUGAUUUAAAACCCUAAAAUCACCAUUCAGUAGACAUCAGAUUCACCACUCCUCAUUUGGUUUUCUGUUUAUAGAGCUUAGUAAAUUAUAGUUUGUCCGGAAUUUUCAUUAGUCUGCGUAAAGGUUUAUCAUCCAAUCUGGUUUAGUUCAUAAUAGGACCAAUUAUCUAUCUGUACUCAUCAAUAUGCUCUCAAAUAAGCUUCAGUAGCAGUCACCAUAUGAACUUCUCUGCAAAGCUUCCAAAUAAUCUCAGUGUAACAGGCUAGCCUACACCAUUUUCUCAAAUUUAAAGUCUUCUUUAUACUGAUUCUGGUAAUUUUUGUGAUGGAAAGAUUAGUCAAAUCCCCACUUAUUAGUCAGCCCAUCUUUCACUUUCUCUCCUAAAAAUUCAGGACAAACUUCCAGUUUUGUAAUUGCGAGCUUAUCUAGUUGAUUUCAGAGGGAUCAAAAGGUGUUAUUUUGCCUCUUUUUUUUGAGGGCAUUUAUGGAGAAUACUUUGAAGACUACAAGUAGGCAUGAAGCCAUAUGAUGUUGACCCCAAGGUGUCAUCAAGUAUAAGCUCUUCAUGUUUAGUGGAAAGACAGAGAUGUCCUUUAACUGUAAAUUAUGUCUAUUAUUUUGCAUUGUUUUUAGUCAUGUGACAAUGGUUGAAACUUCAGGAUUCCUGCCUUUAUUUUAGCAAAGAUUUCUGUGGAGUUUAAGAUUAUAACUUUUAUGUGAAUUCUGAAUUCAGAUAACCUUGACUAAUUGUGCCUGUAGCAGUCAUCUCUACAUAAAAGCAUGAAUUGAAUAGAGGAAGCAAGCUUAAAUA